GGAAAAUUCUGUUUUUGCAAGUAAUAUGUCCGCCACAAUAUAACUUAUGCUUUUUCCUGUGAAAGCUUCCUUUUAUCUAAACCUCGGGCGGGGGUCAACCUUAAGGAUACAGGCACAGAACUACUGCUGGGGACUAUGCACAUACGAAGACGAAGGCGAGGAGGGAGAGGCAAUCUGGGUGAGGGCUCUGUUGAUCUCUUCUUCGCCUUCAGGAGUUUUGCGCCCUUGAUGGUGAGAAAAAUGAGGUUAAGGUUAACUAGCCAACCCUGAUAAAUGCGUGUACUGUACAUGUACUGUACAUGCUGCUGCCGGUUUUCCACAUCGGACUCCGAUGCGGACACCGACAGGACAGAGAGCCUUCUUCUCAUUCUCAUCCUCAAUCUCUCUGCUAACCAUCCUGACACAACACAAGAGGAGACAAGACAGGAUACCAAUUUAGAUCAACUGGAUCUGACUAUCUCUAUCAAUACCCAGCAUAACCCUCGUCAUUCCCAUGUCAUCGAUACCAAGAGUCUCAGACAUGCGUCUGUCUCGAGCUUCGGAGUUGCAAGUUUGCCAGCACAGCCUCAAGCAUUGCCCUGCCUUUGCCCUUGCCCCUGGACCCACCACGCGAAUCCAGAUACGAGCUCCCUUCCACACAAGGCUCCAAGGUUGCAGCAUCAGAGACCUCCAGUAAUAGUGGAUAACACACCCAGGUUUUAAGGAUGGUUCAGGAGUGCGAUGCUUAAAAGUUCGCUAGUCAUUUAGGCGUCAAAUCGCUGUCACUUGUACAUGUACAGUACAACACAUUCUGCAGCAUAGAGGUUUUCAUCUAGGUAUCAACGAUGUGCCAGGCUUUUUAAGAAGGUUUUAUACAGAUAAUAUCGACUAUGUCAAAUCAGAAAAAGUGAAUUAGAAAAUUCAGUGUCACUAAGAUGGAAAUUUUGAAUUUUGAUGAUAUUUGAUCGUAAAUUGAUACAUUCAGAGAAAGUAUCAGAGGAGU